CUAAUAUCAUCACGCUAUAAAGGGUUGGCCUGCGCUGGGUGCGCCCCUCCCCCUAUAACUGUUCUGUCUCCUGGAGGAGCUCAUUUGUAUGAACACGCAUAGGAAAAAAGAACGAUAGAAAGAACGGCUCCUCUCCAGUCGCGACUCGGCUCCCAUCGUUCAUGUUUAUGAGCCGUUCAAAAGAAUCGGUUCGUUCGCGAACGUCACAACUCUAAUCUAGAUUAAUGUACAGCUCAGGAUGUUGCAGCCACAGCAGCCCAUCACAGGCAACGGGCCCAGCGCAAGCCGCGGUCUCGGGUUGAACGUACACCCUGGAAUGCAUCCCCUUAACCCGGUACACCCGACUUCUCAACACCGCCCCGAUGGAGACCCCGCGGGCCUCGAAGGAACCGAAAAUGGACACAACAACCGCCGAGACAUCGGAGAUAUCCUGCAACAGAUCAUGACGAUCACCGACCAAAGUUUAGACGAAGCGCAAGCAAAAAAACACGCUUUAAACUGUCAUCGGAUGAAACCGGCUUUAUUCAGCGUCCUGUGCGAAAUUAAGGAGAAAACUGGUCUUGCCAUGAGAAAUGCUCAGGAGGAGGAGCCUCCAGACCCACAGCUCGUACGAUUGGACAACAUGCUUCUGGCAGAAGGUGUGGCCGGUCCAGAGAAAGGGGGCGGGGCCGCCGCCGCGGUCUCUGCCGCGACCAGCUCUGGCGGGAUGUCACCUGACAGCUCACUGGAGCACUCCGACUAUAAAAGCAAGUUGAGCCAAAUUCGGAACAUUUACCACACAGAGCUGGAAAAAUACGAGCAGGCCUGUAGUGAGUUCACUACCCAUGUUAUGAACCUGCUGAGGGAGCAGUCUCGCACCCGUCCCGUGUCUCCGCGCGAGAUCGAGCGCAUGGUGGCCAUCAUCCACCGCAAGUUCAGCUCCAUCCAGACGCAGCUCAAACAGAGCACCUGUGAAGCGGUCAUGAUACUGCGCUCGCGCUUUCUGGAUGCCAGGCGUAAACGGCGCAAUUUUAGUAAACAGGCCACAGAGGUCCUAAACGAGUAUUUCUACUCGCAUCUCUCGAACCCUUACCCCAGCGAGGAGGCCAAAGAAGAGCUGGCCAAGCAGUGUGGUAUCACUAUGUCUCAGGUGUCCAACUGGUUUGGCAACAAGAGGAUUCGCUAUAAGAAGAACAUUGGGAAGUUCCAGGAAGAGGCCAAUCUGUAUGCCAUGAAGACGGCCUUAGGGGCGACACAGAGCGAGGAAUCCCCCCACACUCCAAACUCUACUGGCUCAGGGUCGUUCUCGCUCUCAGGGUCAGCUGACUGCUUCCUAGGAGUUCCUCCAGUGAACGGAGAGCAGCCGUCCUAUCACAUGGGAGCUCAGGACGCUCAAUCACGCUUCUCAGAAAGACUCUGUAGUACCAGAGAGAGCCGGACUAAUGGUAGCUGGCAGGAGCAGAACACGCCACCCUCCGCCACUUCACCCAACAGCGAUCACUCCGACAACUCGGACUGAUGAGCUCCUUCCGCUCAGAUCCCGGAGGACACACGAAAUGACGAAAGAAUGAUCACUCUUCUACCCAAAUGCAGUUUUAGUUUUUCGCAUUUAUUUAGUUUUUAGAAGCUCAUUAUCAGACUCUACAUGAAACACGAGCAGAGAUCUUCCAUGUACACCGUUCAUAAAGCUGAGCAUAUGACAAUUGUCGUAUUCCAUUCAAUACGGUAAUUUACCAGAAUGGGCCUCAUUCAUGAAGCAUGAUGUAAAUUGUUUGCAAAAUCUUAAAAAGAAAAAUGCAUUCAGUGCUGUGCGAGCAGAACAGAUUUCUGUCCAAAUGUCUCGCACACACAUAUAUAUUAUAUAUAUACAUUUGUGACCCUGGACACACGAAACCAGUCUUAAGUCUCUGGGGUAUAUUUGUAUCAAUAGCCAAAAAAACAUUGUAUGGGUCAAAAUUAUCAAUUUUUCUUUUAUGUCAAAAAGCAUUAGGAUAUUAAGUAAAGAUCAUGUUCCCUGAAGAUAUUUUGUACAAGUUGUCACGAUCAUUAGCUGGUGCACCCAUAAACUCCAAUAGAGGGCACUUUACUCAGGGCUCUGACAUUUUUUUUUUGUCAUCCCCUUUUUCGAACUCCAUUUCCCAUCGUGUCUCAUUCCUGGGACUGAUUGCACACACACACACUUAUAAGCAGCACAAUCACUCUCAGUCUGGGCGAAGACUUGUUUAGCCCCGUCUAGCAAUUCAGAGCAUUUUUCCUGUGUUUGUUCUUCCCGUUUUUGAUUUUGGAUUGUGUAUACCGCCUUUGCUUCUCUGCCGCCUGCCCCGACCUCUGCUUGUGACUGUUGAUUAUUGAUUCUGGAUAUCCCUGACGCCAUUCCUGAUUAAUGCCUGUCCGACCAGUCUUAUAUUAAAGUUCUGCAUAUGGAUCCGAACAUCUCCGACUCUCCUUGUAACAGAAGAUUUCGCCCAGACUGAGAGUGAUUGUGCUGCUUAUAUGUGUGUGUAAUUAAAUUAAGUUGCAUCUCUGCCAAAUAUUGUCCGAAUCGUAUAAAUAAAUCAUCCAAACAUCAGUGGAAAGCUUAUUUAUUCAGAACUUAUGCUUAAUCACACUUAAGACUGGUUUUGUGGUCCAGGGUCACAUAUAUGUUACAGUUAAUGCAUACAUAUGUGCAUGUGUGUGUGUCUGUGUGUGUGUGUGUGUGUAUAUAUAUAUAUAUAUAUAUAUAUAUAGGCACACACACAUGCACACGUAUAUGGUGUUAGAAAAAAUGCUAGCUAAUAUUAAUAUACAUAAGUUUUAGUUUUGCAAACAAUUUAUGUUUUUGUUGAGUUGUAUGUUUCAUGAAUGCCCUUUUCUCCGUUUGGAUGAAUGAGUGUGUUUGUGUGAGAGAGAAGAGUUGGAUGAGUUUGUGGCGUUUAGUUGCCAUCAUGUAUUUUAUUUGAGUUUUAUUUUCACUUUUCCACUACAUUACAGCUUCCACUAUUUGUUACUGCAAUAUCUGGAUGUUGAAAGGGGAACUUUUUAAACUGCAUUAAGACUGCUUUCAUUAUAGUUAUUAUAUUAUUGUUAUCACUGCUCUAUAUUGUUUAUUCAAAGCUCAGAUAGAAUUGGCUUGGGUGACGGGGGCAAUAGAGAAAAAUCCAAAGAUUGUUUGUUUGGCUUUUUUGGUGUGUGUGUGUGUUUCUCUUUUGUACUGGGUUUGUGUAUGUUUCAGUUAUAUGAAUGAGGUGUGUUUGCUGUCUUUAUUUCUCGUUUGAAUGAGUAUAUCAACAGUGCUGUCUUUUCUCUGUACAGUGAAACACCUGUAUUCUCUACCUCUUUUACAAUAAAGACUGUCUGUGUACACAUUCA